AUGAAAGGUACUGCUUUUUAUGUUGCAGAACGCUAUGAUAAGCUGGUGAAAGAAGGUGUGAGCACCAAAAAAAUUGAAAUCAUGGGACCGGAAUAUAUUGAAGAAUUGUUCCCGGUCACGGGCAUGCAUGAUGUAUGGCAACAUGCAGAAAGAUAUAUCUUAGAAAACCACUUAUUUGACCUAACUAAAGGCCGUUGGGCUAGAUGCCCAGAUUUGACCCAAUGGCACCAGAGCUUGGAGGGUGAAUUCUGUAUAUUCUUCAACGAUGUUGCACUGGGCUGUGGUCAGGCAAUGGGUGCUGGCCCACUUAGCAGGUACUGGACGGCCAGGUAUAGCACAACCGUGCUCACUGGCCAUGAAGCACAAAGAAAACCUGACCUUACACUAAUCGACCAAGGCAUGGCCGCCGACUGGAGAUGUGUGCGGAGUGUUGGUGAAAUGAAAUCAAAAAGGUAUGCUUCUGUUGGCUUUACCGAAAUUUUGAAUCAGAUCAGCGUCAAGUCUUCCAUUAUAUUUGCUUCUCAGGACAAUCGAAACUUCGUUCUCGCUCUUGGAUUCGCUAAGUACGAUAUGGUUGUCUACAGAUUUGAUCGCGGUGGCUUGAUGCGUGUCACGUCAUUCUCAAUCAAUGGUCCAACUGGUUGGAAAUACUUCGCUCGUGUAGCGUAUUCUCUAGCAUACGGGACCCUUGAUCUGGUGGGAUACGAUACCAGUUGUCAUACAGCACCCCACUUUCCACCACGGUACAUGGCCCUGCAGGCGCAACCCGCAAGUGGGCGUUCCCGGCAAUCUCCGUUUCCCAGAGAAUACAAGAUAGAAAUGCUACUUCAUGUAGCAGAUAACAUGUUUGGCCGUGGAUCUGUAGUUCGUCGGAUUCGACAUAUUUCCACACAUAUCGCAUAUAUUGCCAAGGACACUUGGCAUAAUGUGAGUCGAAAUCUCACAGAAGGGCAAAUCUUGCGCAUUAUCAGCGGUAUCGAUAACGUUCCUACAAUCCACGAAGAAUAUGUGGUGGGCGAGGACCGCUACUCUUCCACAGCCGCGGCACGUCUGGGUCCUCUCACGACAGCUCAAGUCGCCACUGCCCUUCAGAAUGGCGAGUUUCAGGAUCGGAUGCACCUCAGACUAUUGAUGAAAGACGCCUCCAUCAAGCUGAUCACACAAUUUAAGACCAGGGCGGGAUUGGCUCAGGCAUUAUUGGAUUGUAUCAAAGCGCACCGAGACGCGUAUCAACGGUUUGGCGUGUUGCACCGCGAUAUACAUAUCGGCAACUUGUAUAUCAAGACCGACGGCUCAGAUGGUACUCUUGGACGGGAGAUAGGCGGCGUGCUUGGAGAUUGGGGCUUUGCCCAGUGUAAGGAUAUCGAGAAAGUUUCGGAGCGUCUUGGAAAUAGGAGAGGGUUCCCUGUAUCAGCACCAAGUAGCGAAUACACUGCCCCCCACUCCUCCCCCUCCUCCCCUCCCUUUCCCCCCUCCCUUGCCUCUUCGCUAACAACAGCACCCAGUUCUCCUCCACUAUCUCUUCCUCCCUUGCGUGGUGGCACGCAUCGUAUGCAAGCAGCGGGCAGGGAUGCCCCUGACUACCGAGAAACGACAACAGAUGUUGAUUCAGACUGGGACACCAAGAGAGUUAGUAAAUCUGCCUCCGCAAGGCACAAAAAUCCUUGGUCCAUAUUCAAUCCAUGGCCUCGCGAUGUGAAUGUUGAAUCGGUGGAGAGAACAGGCAACGCUGCUUUUGUCUCAGUCCGUCUGAUGUUGGGCUUGGGCCAGCCGGGUAUCGAACACGGGAUUCGCGACGAUCUCGAAUCUUUCUUCUUUGUCCUACUUAUCAUCAUGGUUGUCUUCCGUGCUCCUGGUGUCCAGAGAUUGGAUGCAGAAUUCGCGCCCCUUGAGUUGGACAAGAUGUGGUGGAACCCGGAUCAGUGGAAAUCUUCUGCGAAGUGGAAGAUUUCGUCGAUGAAGCUCCACGGGCUAUGGCAAGACAAUAUUGCCUGCCUCUUCAGCGAUUAUUUCCAAUGCUGGACUGGCUCGGUGGAUAAACUAAGAGAGCUUAUUUUCAGUCAUUACGACCCAAACCAGCAUCUCCUCUCGCAAAUGUGCACGACUGAUGGUGUUACCUAUGAAGACGUGAUCCCUAUUCUCCAGGAGAUGAUUCAAUCUGGAGCUGAGGCCGACGCAAAGGAUGGAGAGGGCGAUGGGCAAAGUUCAGAUGUCGGUUCCCAAAUCGACACAGAUGUUGCAUCACAGCACGAGUUUUUCUCCUUAGCACCCGCUGACGGCGCCCCAACAACCCAAUUACCUCACCAAAUGACACUCCCCUCGACGUCUCCUGAUGACACGUGGUAUACGCCCUCGGAGAAAUUCAAGAUCACCUCUGUCUUGACCGCCGUGGCAGCAACCAGUGAGGUUCCCGAGGGCGAUGUGCAACCGCCAUCUCGUCAUGACCUUCCCCAUCGAGACGUCAUCUCCCAAAAAUCUCGUGCAUCUGCCGCCCUCACAUCCACCGCUACCGAUGACCUACCAACUAAUGUGUCUACCCUUACGCAGGGUAUUGUUGACAACAAUGACGAUGACGGCACCUUCCCCGUUGAUGUCGCUGCCCCGUCCAUUGUCGCCUCUGGCCCGUCUCGUGUUGUUAGCAACCCCAAGCGCAAAGCUUCGUCGACUCAAGACGAUACAAAGUUCACAAAGAAGUCUCGUACCAGUGAGCGAGGCAAGAAACCGUCACUCGUUGCGGGACUAAGCAAAAGAAGCAAAUCCCGUUCUCAUGGGGGCAACUCACGCAAGGCGCAUUCUCGCCCAGAAGACGAUGACGACUAUGUACCACUGGGGAAGCAGGGCAAGGGCAAGAGCCGCGCUUAA